UUGAAAUUAUUAUUCUAAAAACGAGGAUUUAAUAAUUACAGUCUCAAUAAUGAAUUUAAAUAUUAAUUUUUAUAUAUUUGUUGUAAUUAUUUUUAUCACGAGAAAUUACGUUCAAGGAAGAUUGACCGAUGUAAUACAAACUGAUAAAGGAAAAGUCCGAGGUGAAAUAAUUGGAACUAUUCAAAAUGAGUCAAUAAAAUAUUCAUCAUUUCGUGGAAUACCUUAUGCAAAACCACCAAUUGGUAAAUUAAGAUUUCAGCCCCCCGUGGAAGCUGAUACUUGGUCUCAUGUCAUAAAUGCAACGUCAAAUGCUCCAUCAUGUCCACAAAUUAAUGAAGAUUUACAAGAUUAUGAUGGUGACGAGGACUGCCUCUAUUUAAAUGUUUAUUCACCAAAAACAUCAUUUAAUGAAAGUGACAAUGAACUUCUUGCUGUGAUGGUAUGGAUUUAUGGGGGAGGUCUUACUGCAGGUGUAAUACGCCCAACUACAUUUGGUCCUGAUUUUUUAGUUGCUGAUAAUGUUUUGGUUGUCGCAAUGAAUUACAGAGUUGGAGCGUUAGGGUUUUUAUCGUUGGAUAUUCCUGAGGCCACAGGAAAUAUGGCAUUUAAAGAUCAAAUACUUGCUCUCAAAUGGAUACAAAAAAAUAUUAAAAAUUUUGGUGGUGAUCCAAAUAAAGUAACAAUAUUUGGAUUAAGUUCUGGAUCACAAUGUGUUACACUUCAACAUUUAUCACCAGCUUCUAAAGGCCUAUUUAGAAGUAUUAUUGCUAUGAGUGGAAGCACGCUGGGUCCUACUGGAUUUUUAUCAACUAAAUUAGCUGUAAAACAAGCUUUUCAAUUCAGUAGUUACCUUGGACUUGUUGGUCUCAAUAAGACGGAAUUAUUUAAUAAACUUCGACAUAUACCAGCAAAAGAAUUAGUUCAAGCUGAAGUGAAGCGAAAAAUGGACGGUAAGGCUUUAGCAUUUAGCCCAACAAUUGAAAAUCCAAUGAUAGCUAAAGAUAUAUUUUUAUCGACCUGCCCACUAAAAAUAUAUCAAAAAGGCAAUUACCCAAUGAUGCCAGCUAUCACUGGUUAUACAAGUACAGAGACACUUAUAUUUACAAGCAAUCAAGCGUCAAUUUCUGGUUCUGCCAAGAGUGGUAAAGAAUAUCUUACCAAGCUUGGCUUUGGAAAUUCAACGCUCAUAGAUGGAUUGAAUGCACUUAUUGAUAAAGAUAUAAAUAAUUUGAGCGAUGAUGCUUUUUACUUGGGAAUCAAUAUAACUUCUGAUAUAACAUUUAAUGUUGGAGUCGAUUCAACACAAAGAUAUCUUGCCCGGGGUUCAUUUCCAGUUUUUUACUAUCGAAAUUCAUUUGACUAUGAAGAGUCACGUCACAGAAUAGCAGGAAUCAACCGUGAUGGGUGUGCUCACGCUGAUGACGUUUCUCAUAUUUUUUGGCAACCAGUAAAAAAACAACCACAAGAUCCAACUACUCGUAUUGGCGUUCACAGAACAAGAAUGGCUAGACUUUGGACAAAUUUUGUUAAAUAUUUAAAUCCUACACCAAAUGAUACAUCAGAUCCUUUGGUAAAUUUCACCUGGUUUCCAUCAGGACCUGAAGGCUUUCGUCUUGAAAUUGGAAAUGAAAAAAUGGAAAUGAAACCACGACUUAUUUCUGACACAAUAAACGCGAUUCAAGUCAGUACCAAUCCAUAUGAACAUGCUGAUUGUAUCGACUGAUUAUUUACUAAAAAAUUAAUUAUUCAAUACUGAUAUUGUCUUAAUUUUUAUUGCUCUUAUACGAUAUUUUCGUUCUACUUAUAA